AUGGCAGGAGAAAACAGUAACAACUUAAAACCUACGGACCCUGGUUCCCCUUUCUAUCUAGGUGGUUCCGAUAAUCCAGGUGUUCUUUUGACGAUAGUACAGUUGCGCGGAGAAGCCAAUUAUGACAACUGGGCAAAGCUCAUGAAAAACGCACUGAGUGCAAAGAAUAAACUCGGUUUCAUCACUGGAGAUGUUAAGAAACCGGAGAAAGACAACGCCGCUGACUGGCGUGCAUGGGUUAUGUGCAACUCCAUGAUCAAUGGCUGGAUUCAUAACACCAUUGAUCCGACAUUGCAACCCUUUAUCAAAUGCUUUGAAGAAGUGAAGGACCUUUGGGAGGACUUGAAGGAACGAUAUGCUGUUCAAAACUUCCCACGACAAUACCAGUUAAAGGCGAGUCUCACUACCAUCCGUCAACAUGGCAGCACCGUUGGGGAGUACUACACCAAAUUGCGAGCUGUAUGGGAUGAUCUCGAAGGAAACAAAACCCGCAAGUCUUGCGCGUGUGGGGAUGACUGCGCCUAUGCUAAGGAAGCAGAAGAGGAACGAGAACAUGACCGCGUGUACCAAUUCCAUAUGGGAUUGGAUGACACUUUGUUUGGUAACUUGCGUUCGCAGAUUCUAAACACUACACCUCUUCCCACUCUCAACAAGGCUUAUGCUACGGUCACUCAAGAAAAGACACACCGCACUAUUGCUCGUAGCCAUGACGCACGCAACACUGCUGUAAGUUAUGCUACUCGAACGGAUACAACAAAGGAGAUGGCCGCGCAGCCCAUGCUCCCUGAGAAGCCACCUGAUCGUAGCCCUUGUCCUCAUUGUGGCAAAAACAAUCAUGAUCCCUCACGUUGCUGGUCGAAAUAUGGCUACCCUCCUAAUCGAGGGAGUGCCCGCGGACGAGGUUGUGGCAGAGGGCGCUCCGAUUACAGCCAUGGAGGACGUUUUGCAUCAGACCACGUCCCUACUGCGAAUGCUGCUCAGAUUUCUCCUAUCCAGCAAGCCGCCCCUCCAGUUGUAUCUCAGCAAGUCAACGCCUUCUCCACUCUCACACCAGAGCUUAUCACCAAGCUAGUAGCUCUUGUUGAAGGAGAGAAGUUGACUGGUAAGGCUAUUAAUCUCCCUUGGCUUAUUGAUAGUGGAGCCUCCCAACAUAUGACAGGAUCAAUAAAUUUGCUAAUUGAUGUUGUCCCGGUGGAACGAUUAGCUGUAAACUUACCCAAUGGGUCAAUCACUUAUGCUGAACAUCAAGGGACGAUUGUGCUUUCCCAGCACCUUAAACUCACGAAUGUCUUAUAUGUUCCACAAUUAUGUUGUAACUUGAUUUCAGUUUCGCAACUACUGCAACAAGGAGUCUACAGCAGAGUGUAUGUUUUUCAGCCUCAAAGUUUUUCAGUUGCUGCAACUCACACAUCUGAUUCCUUGGAAGUAUGGCAUAAACGGCUGGGACAUCCAUCGUAUGAAGUAGUUUCAUUAAUUUCGCCUCUUUCUCAUUUUCAAAAUAAGGCUGUACACGAUAAAGCAUGUGAUGUAUGCUUUCGUGCCAAGCACACUCGUUCUGUUUUUCCUUUCAGUUUCGCUAGAAAUAAAGAAAGCUUUGAUCUUGUGCAUUGUGAUACAUAG